AUGGCCGCCCCCGCGAGCAAGACCAUCCACAACCUGAACGGAAAAUGGCAGAUGAACAAGUCCCUGUCCGGUGACUUUGGCGCCGUCCUCAGCCUCCAGGGCAUCGGCUUCCUCGUGCGCAAGGCCAUCAGCGCCGGCACCAUUACCCUGCACGUCUCCCAGAUCCAGGCGCCACCGUCCGAGCCCAGCGAGGAUCCCAUUGAGGGGUCCGCCAAGACCGAGAACGUCACCCACAUCAACAUUGACCAGACCAUGACCGGCGGCAUCAAGGGCACCACCGAGCGCCGCUGCGUCGACAACCGCCGCCGCGAGCACUCCGACUGGCUGUUCGGCCACGUUGUCGGCCGCACGCUCUUCUACAAGGGCCCCGGUGCUGCUGUCGCUCUUGCCAAGGACUUUCCCGAUGCGUUCCUGGCCGAGGGCUGGCCGGAGGAUGGCGAGGACCUGCUGGUGAGCUACGUCAAGAACCUGGACAAAGCCGGCGGCUGGGAGGCGACGCAGGUGUGGGGUUUCCAGACGGCCAAGGACGGCACGCGCCGGUACGUGCGCAACAUCGUCGUCACCAAGGGCGAGGGCAGCAGCCAGCAGCGCGUGACCGUCCAGCUGAUCUACGACUUCCUUGGUGAGCUGGACGACGCCAAGGCCGACGAUGGCGACCUGACCUACUAA